UCCAGGAGUAAUCUCAAUAGAAAAGAAAACCCUGGUCCCAUGGCCAGCAAUCCCCCCCUGAACCACCGCGACGCCCAGAAUGGCUCAACACCAUCUCAAGUGGCGGUGGUAAUGGUGCCUCUACCGGCACAAGGCCACCUCAACCAGCUCCUCCACCUCAGCCGCCUCAUUGCCGCCUACAACAUACCCAUCCACUUCGUCUCCACCACCACCCACAACCACCAGGCGAAGCUCCGCCUCCAUGGGUGGAACCCACUGACAGCUGCCAACAUCCACUUCCACGAUUUCUCUAUCCCGGAAUUUCAAUCUCCCACCGCUAACCCCAAUGCCAGCAACAAAUUCCCUUCACAUCUCCAGCCACUAUUCAACACCGUAUCCCACCUCCGGCGGCCGGUCGCAGCCCUCCUCCAAACUCUCUCACACACUACACACAGAGUCGUCGUUGUCCACGAUUCGUUAAUGUCGUCUGUGGUUCAAGAUGUGUUCUCUAUUCCAAAUGCUGAAUCCUACAUUUUCCACAGCAUUUCAGCUUUCUCCGUCUUCUGGUACUUCUGGGAAGGCCUGGAACAGGAAAAGCCUUUACCGGUUGAGGAAGGCCUGGAAAAACAGGUCCCUUCUCUUGAUGAUUGCUUCACACCAGAAUUCAUGGAGUUUAUUGUGUCUGAACAAAAGUACAUGAGCUCGUGCUCUGGAUAUCUUUACAACGCCUGCAGAGUGAUCGAAGGCAGAUACAUGGAUUUAAUCGAAAAGCUGACGGGAAACGAAAACCAGAAACAUUGGGCUAUAGGGCCUUUUAAUCCGCUGGAGCUGACGGGGAAAAAACCUGACGGGCCACGGCAUGAAUGUCUAAAAUGGCUGGACAAACAAGAACCAAAAUCCGUACUGUUUGUUUCGUUUGGCACCACGACUUCAUUGCCCGACGAACAAAUCAAAGAGCUAGCAACUGGGCUGGAAGAAAGCGAGGUGACAUUCAUCUGGGUUCUGAGAGAUGCAGAUAGAGGAGAUAUGACUGCAGGUGACGAAGGAACAAUGAGAAAGGUUGAGCUGCCGAAAGGGUUUGAAGAGAGAGUGAAAGAAAGAGGAGUUGUUGUAAGAGAUUGGGCUCCUCAAUUGGAGAUUUUGGGGCAUUUUGCAACAGGCGGAUUUAUGAGCCAUUGCGGGUGGAAUUCGUGCAUGGAGAGUAUCUCCAUGGGUGUGCCGAUAGCGGCUUGGCCAAUGCACUCGGAUCAGCCAAGAAACGCUGUUUUGAUGACUGAAGUGUUGAAAAUUGGCUUAGUUGCGAAGGAUUGGGCACGGAGGGAUGAGACGGUGAAGGCGUCGACAAUUUCCAGGGUAUUGAAAAGGUUGAUGGGGUCGGGAGAAGGGGAGGAGAUUCGGCAGAGAGCCCAAGAGUUGCACGGUGCUGUCAGGAGAGCGGUGGCGGACGGCGGCAUCACGCGCCUGGAGAUGGAUUCUUUUGUUGCUCAUAUUACAAGAUAAUAAUUGUAAAACAGAUGUUUUGUUAUCGUCCAAUCAAGAUCAAGAAAAACAAGUACAAUGUAAUUAUUAAUUAAUAGAAGAGU